CACGCAUACAUAAAGCAGGGCUAUCCCCCAAGUGUUCGUUUACGAAGGACAACGUGAUAACUGCGACCCUACAAUUCCAGCACCAACGAUGUCGGUGUUUGAACGGUUCAAGCACCCCUCAGCCAACCAUCCUGCCUCCGCUAACCCAACUGGCCCGGCUGUCUUGACCCAUCUCCCGUUACCAAGAAAACCUUGCCAUGCUCGUCUCCCCCCACCACCACCAACCAUUCCCAGAUCCACGGGGCCUUGGCUUCCCAUCCACCAUCACCGGAAGGAAGCCAUGGCCAUGGCAUCGAUGCCCGAGCCUAAAUCCUCCGAUGAAGAUCUCAGGCCCUGCGAAAAGAAAGCUCUGCAUGAGUUCCGGGCGAGAGUGGAAGAGGCGAUCGUCGGCACCCAGCAGCUGGUGAAACCGUCCGGGCGCGAGAAGAGCAAGAGCCGCGUCGCGUGCGGGGUGGAGGAUCUGCGCGAGGUUUCGUUGUGGGGCAUUCCACUGUUGCCAAGCCAUGGCCACGAAGGGACCGACGUCAUCCUCCUCAAGUUUCUGCGGGCAAGGGAAUUCAAGGUCUCCGACGCAUUUGCGAUGCUCCAAAAGACCUUACGAUGGAGAAGGGAAUUCGGAGCGGACAACAUCUUGGAGGACGAGGAUUUGGGGCUGGCCGAGCUGGAUGACGCGGCCUACGUGAAUGGCACGGACAAGGAGGGCCACCCCGUGUGCUACAACAUCUGCGGGGCGUUCAAAGACAAGGAUUUGUACCGCAAGACCUUCGGGAGCAAGCAGAGGCGCGACAGCUUUCUGCGGUGGAGGGUUGGGUUCAUGGAGAAGGGCAUCCAGCAGCUCAGCUUCAAGCCCGGGGGAGCGGGAUCCUUGCUUCUUCAAGUCAUAGACCUCAAGGACUCCUGCGGCCCCGACAUGAAGGAGCUCCGCAGCGCCACCAAGAAGGUCGUCUCCGUUCUCCAGGACAACUAUCCGGAAUUCGUCGUCAAGAAUAUAUUCAUUAAUGUAUCAUUCGGGUAUUACGUUUACCAUGCAUUAUUUUCUAACCUCAUCACACCAAGAAGCAAGAGCAAGUUUAUAUUUGCCAGGCCUUCUAAAGUUCUGGAAACACUCCUCAAGUAUAUAGCCCCAGAGGAAAUACCAGUACAAUAUGGUGGCUUUAAAAGGGAGGAUGAUGAUGAAUUUUCACCAGAAAAUCCAGUCUCAGAGUUGGUCAUUAAAGGUGGUGGUACGGCAACCAUUGAAAUUCCCCUAGUUGAGCCAGGAGUGACCGUUGUUUGGGACAUCACGACGGUAGGAUGGGAAGUAAUCUAUAAGGAGGAGUUCAUCCCAGAUGAUGAAGGCUCAUAUAGGGUCUUGAUUCAAAAGGAAAAAAAGAUGGAAGAGAGCGUUAGGAAUUCCUUCUACAUCAAUGAACCUGGGAAGGUGGUGUUGACGAUAGAAAAUCGCACUUACAAGAAGAAGAGGGUCUACCACAGAUCCAAAAGCAAGCCCACCAUCCCCUUGUACAAUUUGUUAAACCAAACUGAACAUCCCAUUGUAUAGUUUGCUAUGAAAGGGUAUACACUUUUAACACCUUUCCCUGACUACCAACAAUCGCGAUGUGCAAUAUUUAUGACCAUUAUUUCCUUCAAAGGAAAAUGAAGAAAAGAACUAUGAUCAUAUAAUAUAAUUUCAAGAAUUAGUACUCCAUUUA